AUGUCUUUUAUUUUGCUAAAAAAAGUUUUAUACCGAUUUGUUCUUCCGACAGCAUUACUUACCGGCGCAUUCAUCCGGCCAUGUUUUAUUUCCAUCACCUACAUUAUUUUCGCCUUAAUUGGUCCGCAUUUGGGGCCCAUAUUGUCAUCUGGACCAAUUCAACGGUCACUUCGUGUUUAUUUCAUUUCCGUCUUGCUAACGGCACUGCUUACUUCCGCAGUUCAAUUGAGCUAUCAGAUUUAUGAAUCAUUUUCUCAGCCGAAUAUCGAUGAAUACACCAAAACAUGCAAUAUGUCAAUUUUGAACUUUUGGUUGCGACAGAUUGGAUUAAUUAGAAUCAAACGUUAUUCUGGCUUUGAUACAAUACGUGUAAUUCUUCCUGAAUUACUGGCACUUGUAGCUUCUCUUCUGGUUACAGGCUGUUGUUUUCUUAUUCAUCAAAAUGAAGAUUUCAGAAGUAGCAGCCAUAUCGUUAAUGUGCAAAUAGUACGGGAAACUUCAGGCACUACUGAAUCUACGAAAAUAAGCAACAGUGAAGCAUUGGUUUUGUUUCUGAAAAGGCUCUCAGACGUUGCAGUAAUUUUGGCUCUCGGUUUAACCGGCAUUUUUCAGCCAUGUGUUCUCAACUCCAUUUAUUUCAUUACAUUUCUUUGUAUUACAACGUUGUGGGCAUUGUACAAACCUCUUCAUUGCCAUGUCUUCAAUAUUCUUAAACGUCUAAUCAUCUUCUGUUGUGCAUUGCACUUCCUGUUGCUUUAUAUAUAUCAGAUACCAUUCUUUCAAACCGUCAUACUUGGACAUUCAUUUUUUGCUCGUUUGGUUGGUUUUGUCCCUAUUUUAUACACCGAUUGCAAUAUGUGGUGGUCAGUGAAUGUCAUUUCACUUGAUUAUUGGACAACAUUUGCCAAUGUAGCAGCUGUACUAGUUCUUUAUCACCUUCUAAUUAUUCAGUGUAGUUUUACAAGAUGUGAAAUUCAUCGUAAAUAUAAGACUUGUGAAGACACUGGAAGUAUCAUGCAUGAUGAGCUCCUUGCAAGCGAUGCAAAUUCUCACAGUGUCCGAAAUUUAUCACUGGAUCAGGUUAAUCCGUUUCAUGCUGACCACGAAGAGAUAGCAGUCGUUUUUAUUGGACCAGGAAAGCAUGAGACAGUAAUAUAUCAAGGAUUUAAUGCUUCACUAACUUUUGUUUCCCAUCAUCUUCAUGUUUUUUCUUUAAUGGCUAUGACGUUCUGGGCUCUUCUUUACCACUCAGUAUUUGGUCUGGUAUUUUUAGUAGAAGCUUGCAUUAUUUUGGUUUUCAAAAACACACGCACUGUGGCACUUCGAGCAUCACCACCACUUAUGGCGUAUGUUGAAUUCCUACUUGUUGCACAGUAUGUGUGCAGCAUGGAUAUCAAACAUGAACUGCCGCAGUCAAGCUCUAUGGAACUUAUUGGUUUCAUUUUCGCGUCUAAUCGAACUGCAGCGUUCAUUACUCUUGUCACUAAGGGUUUAUUAAGCUUGCCAGUUUUUGCACUACUUCGGGUAUAUCUUCAUGAAAAAUCUAGCACUAAUUCAACAACUGGUCCUAUCGGUAUAUCUGGUAAUGAAGCAUUGUCAUCUCAGAGCGCAUCAGUUGGCGUUGGAGUGGUUGCAAAAUACUGGAUUUUUGUUGUCAGUUUUGUUUUGCUCGUUAUUUCAAUCCAUUCACAGCCAGUUCUGUACACUGUUGGUUUUUUCAUAUCGUUCAGUGUGCUAAUUAUCCUGCUAGUGUGUUCUUUUGGCUGUCUAUGGCGUUUUUUAUAUAGUUACCUUGCAUUCCUGACGAUAUAUUCAUUAACUGUGGUAAUAGUCCUAUACUGUUAUCAGUUCCCAGCAUUACCGUUGAUCUGGCAGAAAGCAACAGGAUUCAGUGAUAACUGGAAUCAUGAUAUUGGCUUAAUCAAUUACAACCAAGAAAAAGAUAAAGGAUCUUUGCUAAUUCAUUUGGUUGGACCAAUUUCACUUUUCAUAGUGAUCAUGUUGCACAUGAAAUUCUUUUACGAUCGAUGGCGUCCGUUCUUUGCUGUUGUUUCAGGUGCCACUGAUAAUGAGAUAGCUGCAGAAACUUUCGGUGAGCAACAGAUUUUUUAUACCAAAGUGAGGCAUAUCGCAGAGUGUCUGGUGGAAGCGUUGUGGAACAUUGCAGAAGCUCAUGUGGCCAAACUUGUCAUGUUUAUCAUAGUUGUUGUUGCUGUCAAUGAUAUAUGCGCCCUCAAUUUAACAUUAAUGGUUUUAACUAGUAUUGCUGUUUGUGUUCCAUCAAUCUCCUCGACUAUUUUCCGGUUAUUAUGUAUAUUCAUAUCAGCAUUUAUCGCAAUUAGAAUGGUUUACCAGAUGCACUUUGUGGUAGAAAAACCAUUACCAGUAUAUUCGAAAGAGCUAAUAUGUAAUUCAUCUGAAUACACUUUGAGUGCAACAGCAUACUGGCUUGGUUUCCAAAAAGUACCGGUCGUCAGAAAUUACAUCAGUGGUUUAAUUGUUGCUUUAUUAGCAAUAGCAUUACAAGCAAUUGUUAUCUAUCGCCAGCAACAUAAACGUUUGGUAUCUGGGGCAAGUGUUCCGCCUCCUGGACUUGUGUUCCCGAAAACAGAUCCUAGCAAUUGGGAUACUAGUUUGGUUAAUAUGAUCAAGUUUUUCUUCAAUUAUGGAUUCUAUAAAUUUGGUUUAGAGUUGUCAAUGACGAUGAUGGUCGUAGUGGCAUGGAUACGAAUGGAUUUACUGGCAACACUUCUACUUAUUUGGUUAAUGGUAUUUGUAUUCAGCUCUCGUAUAACUUGUCGUUGCUUAUGGCCUAUGUUCCUUCUCUAUCUAGCUGUCCUGUUUCCCUUGCAGUAUGCUUUCUAUGUUGGUUUGCCACCAUUCCUUUGUUUCGAUUAUCCAUGGAGCAGGUGGUUAUCAGAUCCUUUGCAAAACGAUAAUUUGAUAUUUUGGUUGGAUUUGGCUAGUUAUCGCUUUCAGUUAGAUACAAGGAAGUCAGUGGCGGAUUUCCUACUCCUAUUGAUGGUUGCUUGUCAGGAAUAUGCUUUUCGAAAUGAAGCUGACUCACCAGCAGGUGACAAUGAGUCCAUUUAUGCGAGCAGCGGACGUAAUGGUUUGAGACGGGAUAAUCCAACAUAUGAUUUCAUUGCCCAACAGCGGAGUUUUGUCGACUUCUUGAAAAUAAUUGUCUUCAUGUACGGGCACUGGAUAACUGUUGUAAUGGUAUUAGUAGCUGGUUUGGGUGGAGUAUCUUUGUUUGCCCUUGGUUAUAUUAUCUUGGCGUUUUGGAUACUGUGGCAAGGAACAAGUUUAUAUAUUGUGCUAGAUUAUCGCAAGACUCUCAAACGGUGGAACUUACUUUUGUACUAUACAGUAUUUGUCAUGUUUUGUAAAGUUGUCUUGCAGAUUUUUGCAUGUGCUUUUGUUCAUACUCUGAUAGAAACAAAUCUCUGUUGUAUUCGUCAGUUGUUUAGCAUUGUUUGUGUGAGCAUAAUUCCUGGCAAAAUAAACAAUUAUUACUUACCCAGUGAACAACAAGAAUUCGAUAAAGAAUGUGCAGUGCAAAAGUCAGAAACACAAAUAGGCUUUGACACAUUUGCAUUUGGCUUAUUAGUGUUACAACUUCGGAUUUUUAAUUCAUGGUAUUUCCAACACUGUGUGGUUGAAUACCGAUCUACAGCUGUGCUAAUGAAUCGUGGCACGGUUCUUCAAGACCAGCUUAUAGAAAGAGAGAUGAUAGAGCAGAAGAAGCAGCAAGAGAAAAAAUUCAAAAAUAUUAAGAUGCGUACGGAUCAAAUUCGUAAAGACUACGAAAGACGUCUAAGCAAGGCUGGCGCUUUUGUGCCGCAAACAUACAGCCAAGCCAAAAGAGCUGGUGAUUAUUAUAUGUUCGAAUAUGAUCCAUCAGAGGAUGCACUAGAUGCACCAGUGGAAACAUUUGUUCCAGAAGUGACACCAGGAGCCAGUGAUUUUAACAAAUUAGACCCUGCUCAGCUGAUGCAUACAGCUGUGCAGCGUGACCUUGAUUUGUCUCAAACUUUGGAUGCUAUUAAUUCAGCUGAACGAAUUGAAACUGAUGAAGAAAGACGUAUGAUUAAAGCUGUUUCGGACGAAAUGAAACCAUCCCGACAAAUGGUAGUAGUGUCGGAAUUAUCAGAAAAUGAAGAACGGAAGUUCGAAGGGCAAGUUUUAGCAGGAUUAUGUUUUCUGCAGAAGAUCUUUACUGCUGCGCUUGGUUGGUCUGUCGCUUUCCUAAACCGUAGGUCUCGUGAACAUCGAUAUGUUGCUUAUGUCCUUGGGAAAGAAAAAGAGAAACUAAAGGAGAGGCUGAAACAGCCACUGGUGGAUACAUCCAAAUCAGUGUUUGACAUUCGACAGGAAUUUAAUCAACAAAAUUUACGUUGUGUCACAAACGAAAAGGACAUUGAAAGAUUAGAAGGUGAAGUGGAGAAUCAGUGGGAACAGCGAAAUGUGUUUUUGCGCUUCGUAAACGCAGUUGGAUAUUGCAUUGCUGCUCAUACUGAUGUCAUUUGCUACCUUCUGGCCAUAAUCAACCAUGCCCGAUGUGCUGGCAUCAUUUCAUUACCACUACCUCUUCUCAUUUUCUUUUGGGGUUCCUUAACAAACCCUCGUCCAACAAAGAUAUUUUGGAUUGUAAUGAUAACUUACACAGAACUGAUAGUAGUUAUCAAAUUUGUCGCGCAGUUUGGUUUCUUCUCGUUUAACAGCACUGCAAAUAUUAUCAGAACUGCUAAUUCUGUUGAUUACCUACCCGGAAUUUUGGGCAUUCGAAAGACGGAUUAUUAUGCUUUCUGGGAUAUCACCUUACUUGUUGCUCUCUUUUUCCAUCGCUAUAUGCUUCGAAAAUUGGGUCUAUGGAAGGGAGCAGAUGACAUGUUUAAAGAAUCAGUUCCGCUUAUAGAAAUAAGCAAUCCUACUAAUUCCAAUUUGUCGGAUACAACGCAAAUGAAUACUGAUUUCGGCAUUGUACCAAGGACAAAAGAAGCUCCAACGCAUAUUAAACGCAUCAAGCAUUUUUUUAAUACGCUGUUUAAUCCACCAGUUCGAUAUAUAAAAGAUUUAUAUCCGUUCAUGUUUUUGAUGGAUGUAUUAUGUUUCUUCGUAGUGUCCUUUGGCUUUUCUUCCUUUGAUUACGGUGGUACUGGAAGCGUUGUACGAGAUAUCAGUUCGAAUCGUGUUCCAAUAACAUUUGUAAUUAUGCUUAUUGUAAUAUCACUGAUGAUUAUCAUCGACCGAGCUUUCUAUCUUCGAAAAGCCGUAAAAUGCAAAUUUCUCUAUCAAUUGGUUGUUGUUAUUUUCCUCCAUGUUUGGAUAUUCUUCGUUUUACCGCAAAUAACUUAUAAACCUUCUUGGCUGAACAAAACUGCCCAAUUUCUAUACUUCAUUAAAUGCAUAUAUCUCCUAAUUUCCGCCUGGCAGAUCCGUAAUGGAUAUCCGACACUGUGUGCAGGCAAUCUUAUAACACAUGCAUACGGCAUUACGAAUAUGAUAUUCUUCAAACUAUUUAUGGCCGUCCCAUUCUUGUUUGAAUUACGUACGGUCACUGACUGGACUUGGGCUGACACUUCUAUGCCGAUGUUUGAUUUUUUCAACAUGGAAAACUUUUAUGCUAUUAUUUACAAUCUGAAAUGUGCUAGGAUGUAUGAGAAAAACUUUCCGACUCCAAGAGGUGUAGCCAAAGGCGUUGUAAUCAAAUAUUUAAUGGGUAUACCAGUGAUAUUGGGACUUAUUCUUCUUAUCUGGCUGCCGUUGCUUUCAUUCUCGCUCCUGAAUAGGAUUGGUAUUGUAUUACCACCGAAUAAUGUUGUGUUGACCAUUGGAGUUGAAGGCUAUCCCUCCAUGUUCACUAUCGAAUCGCAAGGUAUUGAAUUGGAAUUCCUGACUGAUGCUGAAUAUGUCAAAUUAGAAAAUGCUUUCUCUGAGCACUAUACUUCCUCGGACACAGAGUCGAUAUUAAGGGCGCGUCAUGCUGUUGCAUUUAUCAGAGAAUACAAUCGGGAAAGUGUUAUGAAAGUGCGUUUCCGCCCUGAAUCACACAUGCCAUGGCUAAUUUCAAGCGAUGCAUUGCUUGCUAUGAAGUAUGAACUCAAAGAAGGAACAAAACGAUUGAAUGCCAUCGUGAAAUUCACGUGCGAGCGCCCUAACAGUAGACAUGCUGAUUAUUCUACACAACAUUCUUAUACAUUAACCAUUCCUUUACCAGUAAAUUCCACUAUACGAAACGAACUGGCCGAAAUUGUAGAUGGUCAAUACAAUCAUAGUAUGUUGUUGGAAAAUGCGUGGCCACCAUAUGUAAUUAUUCCCAAUGAAGGAAAUGUGAAACUGGCUUCUUCCUUACUUCAUGUGAUCAGUGGGUCAAAUCCAAAACUUUGGGAAGCUUUUUCCAAUAUAUCCAUGAGAUUAAGAACCGUUUACACUUCGGAAAAUAAGAUAUGGAGUGCAUCACUGAUUCAAAAUAAUGAAACUGCAGCACUUACGUUACCACUAGAAGACAUUAAAUACGAAAUUCGCCCGGAAAAGUACCUGCAGAUGGUUGUGUUCGUAGAUCGUGUUUUCCCAUCAUUUGUUAGCAAAUAUGUCCAAGGAGGUAUUAUUGCAAUGUACCUAGCUGUAGUCAUGUUAGUCGGACGUAUGAUACGUGGUCUUGUAAUGAAUGCUGGUUUGGAAGUCAUGGUUUCUGAAAUUCCGAAUCCGGAUCACUUACUUAAAAUAUGCCUUGAUAUAUAUUUGGUUCGCGAAGCGAAAGAUUUCGUUUUGGAACAGGAUUUAUAUGGCAAAUUGAUCUUUCUGUUUCGAUCACCUGAAAACCUUAUCAAAUGGACACGAAAUAAAGUCAAAGCUGAUUAA